UAUUUCGACCAAAAAAGGCCAAAAGCCCCCAGGCUUAUGGCGACGUUGCCCUAAAAUGAACACUCUCUGCUCUCUCUUUCUUACUCACUCCCCGCCGUGUUAGUCAGCUUAAGCUUAGAGUGAUUAGCGAAAGAGAGGGAGAUGGGGAGCCGUGCAAACGGAGUCGGCAGCAGCAGCGCUAAUGGGCCGGUGGAUAAAGGAGUUGAUUUUGCAAAUUACUUCUGCACAUAUGCUUUUCUUUACCACCAGAAAGAGAUGCUCUGUGAUCGAGUCCGCAUGGACGCUUAUUACAAUGCUAUUUUUCAGAACAAGCAUCAUUUCCAGGGAAAGACUGUUUUGGAUGUCGGAACAGGAAGUGGCAUUCUUGCAAUCUGGUCUGCCCAGGCUGGUGCAAGGAAGGUCUAUGCUGUUGAAGCAACCAAGAUGUCGGAGCAUGCCCAGAACCUUGUUAAAGCAAACAAUCUUCAAGACAUUGUUGAAGUAAUCGAGGGCUCUAUGGAGGAGGUUGUCUUGCCAGAGAAAGUUGAUGUGAUUAUCUCUGAGUGGAUGGGUUACUUUCUCCUGCGUGAGUCUAUGUUUGACUCAGUGAUAUUUGCUCGUGAUCACUGGCUUAAGCCAACUGGAGUCAUGUAUCCUAGCCAUGCACGCAUGUGGGUGGCACCUAUCCGAUCUGGAUUGGUGGAUCAAAAAAAAAAUGAUUAUGAAGGAGCAAUGGAUGAUUGGUAUGGGUUUAUAGAAGAUACGAAGAAUUACUAUGGUGUUGAAAUGAGUGUUUUAACAAAACCUUUCUCAGAAGAGCAGGAGAAAUAUUACUUGCAGACAUCAUUAUGGAACAACCUUCAUCCACAUCAAGUUAUUGGGACAGCUGCCAUUAUUAAGGAGAUUGAUUGUUUAACUGCUACUGUAAAUGACAUCCUUCAAGUCAGAUCAACUUUUUCUUCUGCUAUCAGCAUGGAGCAUACUCGCUUCUGUGGAUUUGGUGGAUGGUUUGAUGUCCAUUUCCGAGGAAGAAGGGAGGAUCCAGCUCAGCAAGAAAUUGAGUUAACGACUGCACCGAGUACAAAUAAUGGCACCCAUUGGGGACAACAGGUUUUUCUUUUGCAUCCUCCUACUCAUGUUGAUGAAGGGAGCAAUCUCAAUGUUUCUUUCUCAAUGGACCGUUCUAAGGAAAACCAUAGAUUAAUGGAGGUUGACUUUCAUGUUAAGAUCAGCCAACCUUCUGGCAUGAUACUUCCACCAAUUAAGAAGAAGUUCUAUGUAGAGUGAGGAAGGCGAUGGAUUUCCUAUUUUGCAGAUUUCAAUGCUUUUUUAAGGAUUCCAAAGGAAUAUAUUUUUGUUGCUGCAUCAUUGGGUCAUUCAGUUUUUUUCUUUCUCUGGAUGGUUUGAGGUCCAAAAUAGAGCCUAAGGUGAUUUAACAGGAAGCUUCCAGCUCUGAUCAUCCGUACAUUUACUAAAGGAAGGGAGCUCACUGCACAAUUCCCCGGCCGACUGAGUAGUGACAUUGUACUUUCUCAAAUUAAAUAGUAUUAAUUGUGAAAGCGGAACAUGAUUCUUUUUUUGAAAAUGUGCGAGGGACAAAUCGUGAUGUCUUAAUCAGGCCAAACCUAAAUUAUCCGAAAAUUUGUUAAACCUAGAAACCAAGAUCAAGUGAUAGCGUUAAGGAAAGCUUGCACCAAGGAUAUUACCACUGGAGGUGGUAGAUACCAUUGGCUAUAGACGGCUUCAAACAUGGUAGCCUAUGGCUUCUAAAUUGCCAUGAGAAAUGCCUUCAGUGCUGGGAGGUCCAGCGUUCGUCAAUUCUGGGAUGGGGGAUUUGUAUCGAUCCGUAUUUGGUUUUUAAGUGGCUGCUAGUGACUCCUGGACUUGUAGCAUAUGCAUAUCUGUUCUGUAAUUACUACGCUGUUCACUAUUGGGUUGGGUAACUGACCCAAUAGUCGAAGCAGAUUGGUAAAACCUGAUGCUGAAAACGUUGAUUACUGACUACUGAUCAUGAGUGCGUGCAGACCAAGCAAAUCCUCGGGUUUAUGUGAAUAUUCAAUUAAGGUCUCGUGAUUCUUUCGAGGUAACCUUGUGCUGGAAAUCUCCAUGCAUAG